AUGAGGAGUAGUACCAUUGAAGUGGUAGUAGCGGCAUCCCAUUCAGUGAGCUCUCUUGUAAGUCGUGACUUGUUGACUGUCUGCCGAUCAUCCUUUCUUUUGGAUAAUAAUAACUCCACUGAACUGUUGAAGAUGGCAGAGGAGGGACACAAGGUCACUUUGAACGUGUAUGACUUGAGCCAAGGUCUAGCUCGCCAACUGUCAACCACAUUUCUGGGAAAAGCUAUUGAAGCCAUAUGGCACACGGGAGUUGUGGUUUAUGGUAAUGAAUACUAUUUUGGAGGCGGCAUACAGAAUGCUUCUGCUGGAACAACACCAUAUGGCACUCCAAUUCGAGUUGUAGAUCUUGGUGUCACACAUGAGAUUGGCCCUCGCUACACUGCGGAAAAAUAUAGUCUGCUAACUCAUAAUUGCAACAACUUUAGCAACGAGGUGGCACAGUUUUUGGUCGGUGCUUCCAUACCAGACUACAUUUUGAACCUCCCCAAUGAAGUUAUGAGCAGCCCAAUGGGUGCUGUCAUAUUGCCUAUGAUACAGCAAUUGGAGACAACAAUGAGAGCAGGUGCGGUUCCCCAGGCUCCACAGUUCAGGCCUUCGACAGCUGCUCCUGUUAAGAAGUCCACAGGCAUUGAAAACAAGGAGUUUCCGAGUAAAACAACACCGGAAGCAAAAUGUGUCAGUUCUGAAGGACAAGAGGAACCGAAGAAGAAUGUAGGCUCCCCUGCGGGUGGAGCACAAGGGGAGUCGUCCCGUAAAAUUGUACGAGACCCUCUUGGAAAUGCUCGAAGCAAAUUACAAGAGGAGAUCAGUACUGAGUUUGCUGCACUUAUGGCUAGUGGGACACUACGUGCAAGUGAGGCUGCUGCUCUAGCAACUAAGAGAGUGAUGCAAAGAUAUGGACAUAUGAAUGCUGCGCAGAGCUAG